UAGAACGUCAUUAGUCGAAACCGGUCAGUAGAUCUGAUCAGAUGUGGCUGUGAUGCGGCUCUCUCGUGUGGCUGAACGAUGGCUCCGGCUGAGAGUUGACGCAGCUUAUCUGCUUCUGUUGCUGCUGUUGCUACUAAGCGUAGCUUCGCCGACUCAAGGUUUACGACUAGCUGAGAAAAAAUGUCAGGAAUACAUCAAGGCCAAUACGGAAACUUCUUACGGAGGGCCACUGACUCUUGACUCUACGGUGUCAGAAUUUCAUUCGGUCAACUGUACCCAGUCGGUAGACUUGAUCGUUAAUGGCGAAGCCGCUGGGCGUGGAGAGUUUCCGCAUCAAGCCGUUCUCGGCUAUCUGAAGGCAAACUCAACCACCGACUAUCACUGGCAAUGUGGAGGAUCGCUAAUAAGCGACAAAUUUGUGAUGACUGCGGCUCAUUGCGGAACUCCUGCCGUGGUUCGAUUGGGAGCGCAUGAUCUUUGGGAGGAAUCGGAUAUCGACAUCAACUACGAUGUGGCCGAGUUUAUCAAACAUCCCGAUUACAAGGUGAAGCUAUCGUACAACGAUUUGGCACUGGUUCGACUAACGUGGCCGGUCGAAUUCAGUCCAGCCAUACGGCCGGCCUGUCUGUGGACAACUGUCCCAUUGAACAUAACGACGGUGCUGGCAACCGGUUUUGGAUUCACCGAUUUCGCCAUAAAUGCUUCGUCGGUGCUGAUGAAGGUCAACCUUGACGUGCUUGCUCGAUCCGGAUGCGAGCAGAAGCUGGAGUUCGAUCGGAAGUUCAAGCAAGGCAUAAUCGGGGAGCAGCUGUGCGUCGGAAGCCUCAAAGGGCGGAAAGACACGUGCCAGGGCGAUUCUGGGGGACCCAUCCAGGUUGUUUCGGCCCUGGAAACCUGUAUGUAUCACGUGGUCGGAGUGACUUCAACCGGUGGAACCUGUGGAGUGGGACGUUCGGAGUCGGUUUACACCCAAGUGGCCAGCUACAUCGACUGGAUCGAGCGGGUAGUUUGGGAGGAUGAAAUUAAAGACCAGGGAGAGGAGGCAGUGAAGAGAAGCGGUGGCCUAUGGGUUUUCCCGGAUCAACUUCCGACACCUACUCAGUGAUUGAAAAAUGAUUUUAAGACAAAUAAAUUUUGUUUCAGUCAUCCUA